AUGGCCAUCCGCGUUACAAGCAUCCUCGUGGCUGUUCUCUGCCUUGCCACAGCUGCCUCCAGCUCCUCCAUUCCUCGAAACUUCACCGCUUUUCACCGUGACGGACCGCGUCGCGCUCUUCUGCAGACCCCGCCAUUCGACCCCGCUGCAGCCCUGGGCGCAGCAGCAGGAGCCAUGGCCGGCGCCGUCCAAUCAGCAGCCGCCAUGUUGGCCAGCACCAUCGCGCAAGCUCCUGGCGGGCUCCUAUUCCACGACGCGGCGGGAAUCUGCCUCGAAGAGGCUCUUCCCGCCUGCGACUUUUACUUCGAUCUGCUCGGUCCGCUCGGUCUGCCCUCGCUGCGCUUCCCCGUCGUCUCCGGCGGCGCGCUCGUGCUCUCCCAGCAGAACGGCGAUCGUCCCGUGAGCCUCGCCAUCGCCACCGGCGUUUCGCCUGUCGCUGGCGCAUUCCUUGGGGAUAAGAAGGCGAAGAAGGGUGGUUACCAGGUGGAGAUUGAUGCGACGGGCCCGGCGAAGUAUUGCAAGUGCGAGGCGGCGAAGCUGGCGAAAACAGUGGCGCAUGCUGGCGAUCAGUUCUACGCCACUGGCCAGCCGGCCAAGGUGUAUGCGCGCACGUUUCAGAAGAACCUGCCAGCGUCGGCCUUCAAGGGGUGCUGUGUGCGCCUGCCUCUCACCAGCGUGCAGCUCAAGGCACCCAAUGGUGACGUCAUCAACCUCAACCAGGGCGACGGCAACAAACAGUUCCCUGAGCCCCGCCGCUGCCUUCUCUUCCACGUGCUCACUCGCUGCAGCAGCCGCUUCGCCAUCCGCGACACCUCCGCCUUGAUCUGCGCCUUGCUUGGCGGCGGGCGGCGCGCAGCAGACGCGGAUGACGCGAGGAGGAGGAGGAGGAAGAGGAGGAGCGGGAGAAGGUGGAAGGCGGCUCGGGAAGACGCAGCCAUGGCGAGCAAACGGUUUCACGGUUCGUUAACGCUGCUCCACGCAGCCCGCAGGCUGCUUCCCCUUCCUCUCGCCUUCCUGCUGCUCCUCGCCGCCACCAGCGCCAGCGCCGCGCGGCCCGUCCUUCACGCAUCCCCCUCCGCCACGCGCGGCGUCGCCCGCCGUGCACUCGCCCGCACGGAUUCCGCCGUGUCCCCGCACAGGGUGGAGCGCCGAAAGCUCUUCAGCUGGGACGGCGUGACCGUGGAUCAGAUCAUUGCCGGCAGCCUGGGCACGAUCGACGGUCCAGAGGACGACGAGGUGACGACGAAGAUCGUGGAGAUAUUCAUGAACGCGGGGUACAACGUGAUGGUCAUUCAGAGCGCCCACUCCGUGCAGGGCGACCCGGCGUCCGCGCAGGUGGAGGUGUGGCACUUCUGGGAUAACUCCGAGUUCACCGUGUAUUACAAGCAGGGCCCGUUCUCCGUGGAGAAUCUUGGCAAUGGCGGGUAUGAGAACUGGUCGUUCGGAGGCAACUGGCAGCGUUACGGCGCCGAUGAGAAGGUGGUCGUCUUCUCCUAG